GUCUGUCGGAGGCCUGCGCCCCGCUAGUGCUCAGCCCCCGCGCGCGCCGCGCCCAGGCCCAUCGGCUGGAGCUCGUGCCCGGCCUGAGAACUUCCUCGCUCCGGCGGCGCGGACCCCAAGAGUGAAACCUCGCAGCGCCCGAGGGGAGGCAGGCGAGCGAGUCCGAGGGGUGGCCGGACAGGUGGUGGCGCCGCGAAGAUGGUGGCUAAGCAGCGGAUCCGUAUGGCUAACGAGAAGCACAGCAAGAACAUUACCCAGCGCGGCAACGUCGCCAAGACCUCGAGAAAUGCCCCCGAAGAAAAGGCUUCUGUAGGACCCUGGUUAUUGGCUCUCUUCAUUUUUGUUGUUUGUGGCUCUGCAAUUUUCCAGAUUAUUCAAAGUAUCAGGAUGGGCAUGUGAAGUAACUGAACCUUAAGAUGUUUCCAUUCUCCUGUGAAUUUUAACUUGAACUCAUUCCUGAUGUUUGAUACCCUGGUUAAAAACAAUUAAGUAAAGCAUCCUGCCUCAGAAUGACUUUUCAUAUCAUCCUUCAUGUGUCAUUCCAAGGUUUCUUCACCAGUCAUUCCAAGUUUUCUAGUCCAUACCACAGUGCCUUGCAGAAGCACCACAUGAUUAAAGCAAUAAAAUUUGAUUGUUAAG